AGCAGUGAAGGGCAGGUAUAAAAGGCAGCCCAGGUCCUCCUCUCCCAUCCACUUCUCCUUCUGCUUGGGAACCAGGUGCACCUCCACCCUCAAGACAUGUCCUGCUACAGCCCGUGCCUGCCCUGCCGGCCCUGCGGCCCAACCCCGCUGGCCAACAGCUGCACUGAGGCCUGUGUCAGGCGGUGCCAGAGCUCCACCGUUGUCAUCCAGCCUCCUGCUGUGCUGGUGACCCUGCCCGGCCCCAUCCUCAGCUCCUUCCCGCAGAACACCGUUGUGGGCUCCUCCACCUCCGCUGCCGUUGGCAGCAUCCUCAGCUCUGAUGGAGUGCCCAUCAGCUCUGGCUGCUGUGACCUCUCUGGCAUUGCCAGCCGCUCCUAUGGCAGAAGGUACCUGUGCUGACAGAGCUGCUGGCAGAGCCCCAGGGAGAGCCCUCGAGGAGCUCAGAAGAUGGUGCUGGGCUGAGGAUGGAGAUCUUGG